UUGGGCCGGUUUGGAAGCCUGUAAGUAGCUCGACGCCCAGCAGCAUCUACCGCUCUCCGGAUUCCUCCGUCCAAGGGGCACGUCGUCGCCGCCGCCGCCGCCAUGGCCAGCCCCGCCGCCGACGCCGCGUCGUCGCCCCCGCAGCCACCGCAGCAGCAGGGGACGCCGGCGCGCAAGGCGGUCCGCGUGGUGGUGAAGGGCAGGGUGCAGGGGGUGGGGUUCCGCGACUGGACGGCGGAGACGGCGGAGUCGCUCGGCCUCGCCGGGUGGGUCCGCAACCGCCGCGACGGCACCGUGGAGGCGCUCCUCUCCGGGGACCCCGCCAAGGUCGACGAGAUGGUGUCCCGCCACCUCCCCGUCGGGCCCCCCGCCUCCGCCGUCACCGCCGUCGUGCCCUCCCCGGCCGACCCCGUCCACCCCUCCCUAGGCUUCGAAAUUAAGUUUACCGUCUGAUCAACGCUUGAUUGCCAAAUCAAGCGAGUACAAUUAGGAAUAAAGAUCAUCAACCUGAUUGCGUGUGUUCCUGUCAGGUUGUGACUCGCCAUGGAUGGGAUCAUGGGAGUUGGUGUGUAUAUGUUUCUUCAAUGAGAAAUAAUACUCGGUAUGUUGAGUUCUUAA